AUGUCUCUGCCUGAAAGCACAACUGUUCUUAUCGUCGGGGCUGGCCCAUCGGGCGUAGCAACAGCUCUUUCUUUGAUACAUCACGGGUGUCGUGAUUUUGUCAUUGUAGAUGCAGUCCUCCAAGGUCAGAACGCUUCCCGUGCUUUGGUGAUCCACCCUGCUACUCUUGAGGCUUUGAAUACCAUUGGUUGUGCGCAAAAUCUGGUUGAAAGGGGUUUGAAAGCCAACGGGUUUUCAUUUCGCAACCGAAGCUCCAAUUCAGACUUGUUCUACGCCGAUUUCACAUCUCUGUCAAAGUACACCCCCUAUCCACAUAUGUUGAUUAUAUCGCAGACCACCACGGAACGCGUACUCGAAGAGAAGCUUGAAAGUUUUGGCGUUUCCGUUAUUCGGCCAUGCAAGGUCACCGGCAUGCAGCGUAAUAAACAGGACAACGACGUUACGGAUGUUUCGUUCGAAGAUGGUAGAGUGAUCAAAGCUAGAUAUGUUAUUGGGGCAGAUGGGGCACGAUCGGCGGUGCGUACUAUAUCAGGCAUUGGUUUCGCCGACCCCAAUGUACUAGACCGUGACCUCAGUCGUACCAAUAUACUUACACAAAUGGUUUUAGCCGACGUCUACCUUACCGACACUUCCCUUGUUCCUGAUAACCACGCAGUUUCUGUCCUGUCACCAGAUACCUUUUUCAUCAUCUCUCCUAUCCCAACAAAAGCAGACGAGGCGAAAGGAAUACUAUAUCGCAUCGCAUGUGGCGUGCCUCUCGAGAUGGGUACUCCUCCACAUGCACCACCAAAAGAAUACCUCCAGAAUAUCCUGGAUAAAUUCGGUCCGAAGCCAUUAAAGGCAGCUUCUUCCUUCGAAAUAUCAGAGGUCUUGUGGUCGACACGGUUUAGGACACAUUCUGCUAUCGCCGACACCUUCUUCAAGCGCCUAGGCUCCGAUACGGACAUGGAUGCCAAAGGGGGAGGUGGAAUCCUUCUUGUGGGCGAUGCAGCCCAUAUCCACUCCCCCGCAGGCGGGCAAGGUAUGAACCUCGGCUUGAGGGAUGCUGUAGCCAUGGGAGAAGCUAUGAGUGCACACAUAGAGGCCUCCCAAACCUCUUCUUCCACCGAUGACCAUAUUUUACGGGGCCUUGCCGAUUCUCGCCAUGCAACUGCUCUCGAGGUUAUCGCGCUGACGAAAAGUAUCCUUGGGCUUUAUGGGCUUCCGAGAAAUCCUACAUGGAACAAGUUCAUGUGGUGGUGCCCUUUGAGCUUAGGUUCGAUAAGGGAUUAUACCCUCUGGAUGGCUGGAAGAUUCAGGUUUGUAAGAGAAUCGGCAGCGUGGCAAAUGAGCGGGCUGGGAAGGAGGUAA